CGCGGGCGGGGCUUGUACCCGGAAGCUGGCGCCCUCCGGUCCCAGCUGUCUCUGGGAGUGGGCAGUCAGCGACCCCAGCUGACCCACACCCCUCCGUCCCGAGCCCCCGCGCUCUCAGUGGGUCCCCGCACAGGUAUCUUUAUGAAUCUAGAGUCUAACUUCUGUUGAAUUAUUUCCCAAGAAUAAAUUUUCAGAAUGGCAUUACUGCACUAAAGGAUGAAGACAUCUUUACAUCACUGCUUUUUAAAGGAUUGAAGCCAUGGCCAUUCUUUUUGCUGUUGUUGCCAGGGGAACCACUAUCCUUGCCAAACAUGCUUGGUGUGGAGGAAACUUCCUGGAGGUGACAGAGCAGAUUCUGGCUAAGAUACCUUCUGAAAAUAACAAACUAACGUACUCACACGGCAAUUAUUUGUUUCAUUACAUCUGCCAAGACAGGAUUGUAUACCUUUGUAUCACUGAUGAUGAUUUUGAACGUUCCCGAGCCUUUAAUUUUCUGAAUGAGAUAAAGAAGAGGUUCCAGACUACGUAUGGUUCAAGAGCACAGACAGCACUCCCAUAUGCCAUGAAUAGUGAAUUCUCAAGUGUCUUGGCUGCACAGCUGAAGCAUCACUCUGAGAAUAAGGGCCUUGACAAAGUGAUGGAGACUCAAGCCCAAGUGGAUGAACUGAAAGGAAUCAUGGUCAGAAACAUAGAUUUGGUAGCUCAACGAGGAGAAAGAUUGGAAUUAUUGAUAGAUAAAACAGAAAAUCUCGUGGAUUCGUCUGUCACCUUCAAAACAACCAGCAGAAAUCUUGCCCGAGCCAUGUGUAUGAAGAAUCUCAAACUUACUAUCAUCAUCAUCAUCGUAUCAAUUGUGUUCAUCUAUAUCAUCGUGUCACCUCUCUGUGGUGGAUUUACAUGGCCAAACUGUGUGAAGAAAUAAACAAAAAGUUGUCAGUAACCAAGGAUAUGAGAGAACAAGAGGUUGAAAACUCCAUGUGAUUUAAGCCUUUUAAUACUGACAGAUGGUUUCUGCCAGUCUCUUCAACCUUCUUUCUUUUUCUGUUUUUAAUCUUAUACUGUGCAUCCAUAUUGAUCUUUGUCCUGUCAACCAGUUUAUUCCAGUACACUUCAGAUUGAACCAUUCGUUGCAGCAGUAGCUUUACUAAGCUUUUUGUUUGUCUGUUUGGUUAACUACUCCUGUCAUUUACUUAGAGAAACAUUUUUGCUUGUGAUUGCACAAAGUUGUCACCAAGGCGGAAAGCACCAGUCUUCUGAGCUAUCUACUAUAUCUAGAGGUGAAUUUUGUAUGUGCACGCAAAAAUAUUCAAGAAGCAGAUAGUAUAGGUAACAUCUCAUCUUUGUUUUUUGUUCUUGAAGAAUUCUAGGUGCUUGAAAACAAUAUAAGUGGAGAAUCAUUGUUAUUUGGGAAAUUGUUAUUAAAUUGUUGGUGCUGCUCGCUUCUAGGAGCCGAAGCAGAGCAAGUAUUAGACAUUUUCUCUCAGUCAGAUGGAGAACAUUUUGCUAGCCCAUUAGAAGCACAUGGAGUUAUCUUUGACCUCCUAGUGUUCACUUUCAAGAACAUUUUGACCAUUUAUAAACCUCGCAGAGUUUGGUAUCUUCUAUUUCCCCAUUGCAGUUAAUUUGAGAAGAGGCUGGUUUAUUAGAAGGUUAUGUUUUUUAAUAUAUACUUUUCUUCAGUUGAUAUUAUUCAGUUGAUAUUAGGACAAUUAUAUAGUUAAUAGAAUAUGUAUUGGAGGGAGUGAAGAGGCAAAUUCCUCUGGCUCACCAAAGAAAAAGGAGAGAAUCACAGUGAAUGUGCUGGCAGUUUAGCUGUACGAAGGGAGGUAGCACGGGAAUUUUUUUGCCCAUCUAGGAAAAGCCCAAACAGAAUAUAGUCAACAGUUAACUCCAGGGUUUGGGUUUGACUGUUGUUGAAUAGUAGUCUGAGAAUCCUUUGUGGUUUAAUAAGUUCUUUAACUGCCUAGUUUUGAAUAAUUCUUUUGUGAAAGAAGGGUAGGCAGUGCGAUGUAUAGAAACAAUACAAGACAGUUUAACAUUCAUUUAAAUGCACUGUAAGAAAACUGGAGCGUAAUCAUACUGCUUUGGCUACUCUGGCAUCUGUCAGCUAGUAUGUAGUUUUAGUGUGUAUCUGAAAGGGCAUUUGCAGCCUGAGAUCUGAUUACAUUUAUUUAUCAAUAAGUGCCAGUAAGUGGAAAUUAAAUUACAUUUGACUAUUUUCCCAAUGAAAGAAAAAAAAAUUAGUCAAUAAAAGCUAGUCACCUGUUUAGCCUAGUCAUGUGCCUUGAAUAUAUAUGUCACAGUCUGGCUCAUGCUACCUGUUUUUCAGUUGAAGCCUUUUGAUUCAUGCUACCGGACUCGUUUAUUUGACAUGUGCAGUGGAACUCUUUUCCUGGUGACCAUGCAUAGUGCAAAUGUUUUUCCAGUUUUGUUUAUCAACACUAAUGCCUUUUCAGUACAUCAGCAUUUCCUGUUGGAAAACAUAUUUGUUCCAGGAAAACACUUGGCAUUCCUGAAUAAUAAUUUCUAAAUGUCUUUAAUCCAAAGAAAGAGACUUAAAGUGUAUUUCCUUUCUUGUAAACAACUGUAAAAAAAUGAUGUGCAUGUUUUAGGGAUGAAUUACUUAAUGAUCCUUUGAUCUGUUUAUGUAUAAGAAUGCUCUUUUAAAUCAUAAUCUUGUUUUAAGUGAUGCACAAACUGAAGGCAUUAAUAAAAUUUAAGAGUAACACAGUG